CAAUGACAGUGACCAUUCGUAUCGUCACAGCGUGUAACGUCCGUGCAGCGUAUUAUUGUUGAACCGGCGGUCAAUUGUUCUCUACUAUCCGUGUAAUCUGAGAAGUAAAAAAUGUCUAAUCAAAAUGCUCAUGCCGAUCACAAGGAGAAGAAAAGGAAGGAGAGCAUAUUGGACCUCUCCAAAUAUCUUGAAAAAAACAUAAGGGUAAAGUUCGCCGGAGGCCGAGAAGCUGCAGGAAUUCUCAAAGGCUAUGACCCGCUGCUAAAUCUUGUUUUAGACAAUACGACUGAAUAUCUUAGAGAUCCAGAUGAUCCGUACAAAUUGAAUCAGGAUACAAGGAUGCUUGGAUUAGUUGUAUGCCGAGGAACGUCGGUUGUUUUAAUUUGUCCAGUCGAUGGAAUGGAGUCGAUACAGAACCCAUUCAUUCAGCAAGAUGGUUAACGGUUUAUAUUACACAAAUUUUGAUCUACAACCAUUUUAGAUCACAUACUCUUGAA